ACCUCCCACACCCUGAUCCACACCCAAUCCUCUCCACUCCAAACCGUUACUGUGCCUCUCUCUGCAGAAUUUCCAAUCCAAAUAUAUAGGAGUCUAGUAGCUGGGGCUGCUCCUUGUUUUAUUGCAGACCGUUUGCAAAGUUUGUGAGUUUGAGUUGAGAAGCUGCUUAGCAAUUUAGCUUUUCAAGCAUCUGCUGGAGUUUGCUGCAUUUUCAUUCCAAAGGUCAGAAGAAGAUCUGUCUUAAUAAAAGAGAGAAUAUGUACAAGAUGGGACUCCGACAACUUAUUCUUCUGACUCUGGCAGUUUUCCUCUGUAUUUCAGCCCAGACAGAUAACAUUUCAGAUGAAGUUGAGCUGGUAACAUUUGCAGGUGCUGAAGACAAAAAUGAUUCAGUGAUGUUUGCAACAUCAGGACCAGAAAGUGAAGUUACUGACACUGAUGAAGACAGCAAUGAGUCGAGUUUCACAUCUUCAGCCGAGUCAAAUUCAACUGAGGAUGCUACACCUGACAUUGGUGAUGCUGAAGCCAAGGACUUCCUGGAAAUGCUCACCCUAAUUGGGAUAAUAGUUGGUGCCAUUGUAGCUGUGAUCAUUGUCCUAACAAUUAUUGUUGUCAUCAUUAAGAAAAUGUCUGGUGGAUAUUCGCCCUGAGCCGCAUAGAUGGGCAUGGAUGACUAACUGGUGAUUCUGAAGUGAGAAUGAAGUCAUUUAUAUCAGGAUAACUGGAGUCACUCAAAUAAAAUUUGAGUCAAACUAAGUCAACUUUUUUUGGAGUCAGCGACUGUCUGACUCUGAGACCUGGGUGAAAUCUGCCUUCUGCUAAAAUCUUGAAUUGGAAUGGUGGGGGAGGGUGUAGUUUUAUAGGAGGAGGGAGGGAUUUUUCAUUUUAGGCCCAAUAAUAUGUACUUUAUAUGGAACCACUGAGAGUUGCUCACCAAAGUACUUAAAUUCUCCUUCAGAUAUUCUCCAUUUCUUCUGUUCUUUUUACUCUGAUGAAAGUGGACACUUCAAGAAUAGAUUGAUGCUCUGCUGAGAUUAGGGUAAGAUCUGUUUUAUGACAGGAAAGGGAUCAGAUCAGCUGAGGGAUUUUCUUCAUCUGAGCUUUAUGAUGCUCUUCUGAGAUUGGGUCACAGGGAUGAAUUAUUGGACAAGUUUGUGGAGCUCUGAACAGCAUCUGGUUUAUGCUGUGCCUCCUAAGAAUGUUUGAUAUUCUUACUAAAUGGGUGAUGAGUGAAGAAGAAAAGAACACUUCCUAAAUUACAGCAGAUUGUGAUUCACAGAACUCAUUGAAUAGUAUUUAAUUCCAAUGGCUUUAGCCAGUUGACUGGAGAUUCCCUGUGACCAUGUUGCUGAAUACUCUGACUGGUGUAGAACACACAGAGCAGAGAAUGGGCCAAAUAACUUUGCCUUUGAGCACUUUAUCUGCCUUGAGUUAAAGCUGUCAGUGGCUGGAGACACUGGGGAUUUUCUCCAGGUUCAUUUUAUGGGCAAUGUCUUUUGGGAAAAACAAAUUGUUUCCACAUUUAUGUGCAGAUUUUAGUCCCUUCUGUUAAUGAGCAGGAUGGCAGAUUUUCACUUGUUUUCUUUAUGUAUGUUCUCAUUCAUUAACCAGAAUCCAUAAAUGGCUGACUCUGUUGCAGGACUCCAUGUAUGGUCAUAACCUUGCUUCAGAAUAUGUUAGGGACACCGACAUUGACAAGGUUUUGAAUAAAAUAUUAUUUCAUACUGUAAACAAUUGCCAUAACGUGAGCUGCAUUCAACAAAACAGUGUUUUUAUAAUUUUUUU